AUGGUCCAAGCGCAAUGGAAGGAAGGGAAGCUGCAGGCCACCACGUGCCCUGCUCCAACCGAACUCUGGGAUCUGUGUGGGGCGCCAGAGUCCCUAGGAGAAGCCUCUCGCUCAGUGGGUGCCAGCCUAGAGAACCAGGAAGCGCAGCCCUCCCCUUCGCUGACUCUGGCGCCCUCUAAAGGCGGCCUUCAGAUCGUAGAGUGCAUAUUUAAGCAGCCCUCACAGGUUUAUCCAGUUGGAAAAGUGACAGAACCUAGGUCUGUCAGAUUUCAGAGAUUGCACACGCAAAUACUAUAUGACACUGCCUACCGCUGUGAGUUCAGCAGAGAAUUCCUUGUUUAUAUGGAAAUAACAAAGCUGAUAGUGUCCAGGAUAAUUGGCAUCAGUUUACAAACCCUCUGUACCCCAAUGUUGGAUCAUAUAUUUCAGCUGUGUAGCGCCGAUUCAUGUGCCAGUUAUGUUCCAGUUAUAAAUCAAAGUGUUCUAGUAACACACAUAGUUAAUUAUGAGGACUAUCUGCAGAUGCAGGCUUCUCCACUUCAAACGAGUCAACCAACUCCACCGGAAGAACUUCAUACAGUUGGCUGUGUGUCUACAAAUGAUGGGCAGCAAAUGAGAAGUGAUGAAGUAAAUCAGGUUGCAACAGGGCAUCAAAGCAAACAGAAACGUUCCAGAAAAUCCAAGAGACACUCUUCAUCUAAGAGAAGGAAGAGUAUGUCCCUGCGGUUAGACAAACAGGAAGAUGCUAGCAUCACUCACAAUGUCCAUGAAGAGAAGGUAAAAAAUGGCCAGCCAGCACCUGGUAAUGUCAUCACAACUGUUCCACCAGUGCUUAUUAAUAUGGCUGCAGCUGGUAUUUCAUCCGUGAGUACUAGGGAUCAGUAUGCUGCAGUCACUCACAGCAUUCGUGAAGAGAGGAUAAAUAACGGCCAACCAGCACCUGAUAACACCUUGUCGACUGCUCCAGCAUGGCUUGGUAAUAUGGCAGCAGCUGGAGUUUCAUCCACGAGCACGAGAGAUCUGUAUGUUACCAUCACUCACAAUGUCCGUGAAGAGAGGAUGGAAAAUGACCAACCCCAAACUGAUAAUGUCUUGUCAACUGCUCCACCACAGCUUGGUUAUAUGGCUGCAGCUCCAUCCACAAGUAUCAGGGAUCUGUAUGCUAUAGUCACCUUCACAGUCCCUGAAGAGAAGAUGGAAAAUGGCCAACCCCAAUCUGAGAACCUCUUGUCAACUGCUCCAACAGGGUUUAUUAAUAUGGCAGGAGCUGUUAUUCCAUCCAUGAGUACCAAUGAUCUGUAUUCCACCGUCACUCACAAUGUCCGUGAAGAGAAGAUGGAAAAUGACCAACCCCAACCUAAUAACAUGUUGUCAACUGUUCAACCAGUGGUUAUUUAUUUGGCAGCAGCUGGUAUUCUGGGCAUGAGUACCAGGGAUCAGCAUGCUACCGUCACUCACAAUGUCUGUGAAGGGAGGGUGGAAAAUAACCAACCACUACCUAAUAACGGCUUGUCAACUGUUCUACCAGGGCUUACUUAUUUGGCAGCAGCUGGUAUUCCAGCCAUGAGUACCAGGGAUCAGUAUGCUACCGUCACUCACAAUGUCUGUGAAGGGAGGGUGGAAAAUAACCAACCACUACCUAAUAACGGCUUGUCAACUGUUCUACCAGGGCUUACUUAUUUGGCAGCAGCUGGUAUUCCAGCCAUGAGUACCAGGGAUCAGUUUGCUACCAUCAAUCACAAUGUCCAUGGAGCGAGGAUGGAAAAUGGCCAACCGCAACAGGAUAAUGUCUUGUCAAAUUUUCUAUUCGGGCUUAUUAAUAUGGCAGGAACUGGUACUCCUUCAGUUAGUACCAGGGAUCUGUAUGCUACCAUCACUCACAAUGUCCGUGAAGAGACGACGGAAAAUGGCCAAUGCCAAACUGAUAACGUCGUAUCAACUGUUCCACCACAGCUUGGUCAUAUGGCAGCAGCUGGUAUUCCAUCCAUGAGUACCAGGGAUCUGUAUGCUACCGUCACUCAAAAUGUCCGUGAAGAGAGGAUGGAAAAUAACCAACCAUCACCUAAUAACGUCUUGUCAACUCUUCUACCAGGACUUACUUAUUUGGCAACAGCUGGUAUUCUAGCCAUGAGUACCAGGGAUCAGUAUGCUGCAGUCACUCACAUCGUCUGUGAGGAGAAGAUAAAUAACGACCAGCCAGCACCUGAUAACAUCUUGUCAACUGUUCCACCAUGGAUUGGUAAUAUGGCUGCAGCUGGAAUUUCAUCCACGAGUACCAGGGAUCUGUAUGCUACAGUCACUCACCAUGUCCGUGGAGAGAAGAUAAAUAAUGGCCAACCAGCACCUGAUAACUUCUUGUCAUCCGUUACACCAGGGCUUAUUAAUGUGUCAGUAGAUGGUAUUCCACUCAUGAGUACCAGGGAUCAGUAUGUUACUGUCACUCACAAUGCCCAUGAAGAGAAGAUGGAAAAUGGCCAACAAGCAGCUGAUAACUCCUUGUUAGUGGUUCCACAGGGGCAUAUUAAUCUGUCAGGAGCUGGUAUUUCAUCCAGGAGUACCAGGGAUCUGUAUGCUACUGUCAUUCACAAUAUCCAAGAGGAGGAGAUGGAAAAUGGUCAAACGCCUCCUAAUGGCUUCCUGUUAAAUUCUGCUCCACCAGAGCUUAUAAAUAUGACAGGAGAUCAUAUGCCACCAAACGCAUUGGAUUCUUUCUCCUACAACUUCACUAGUCUCAGCAGAGAUAAGCUGCUUUACAAACCUGAUAGUAAUGACUUGUGGUAGGCACCAAAAAUGGUCUCUGCAGGUGACCCACCAGUCACAGCAAUGUCUUCAGUGGAAACUGUGCCAAAUAUACCACAAAUAUCUCCUGCCAUGGCAAAGAAAAUUAAUCAUGAUAUAAAAUGUCAAUUAAUGAAAGAAGUUUGAAGGUUUGGGCAAAAUUAUAAAAGAAUUUUCAUUUUGCUUGAAGAACUACAAGGAUCUAUGAAAGUCAAGAGACAAUUUGUUGAAUUUACCAUCAAGGAAGCAGUAAGGUUUAAAAAAGUUGCCUUAAUUCAGCAACUCGAGAAGGUGCUUAAAGAUAUAGGUUCCCACUGCCAUCUCAGAAAAGUUAAGCACAUGAGAAAAAAAAUAAUUGUGUUAGUGCAAAGACCAAGGAGAAACAAGGAUACACGCAGCAGGAUGGAACAGGUUAUUGCUGAAGCUCCCUAUAAUUUUGAAGUGAAGAGAAUUCCCUUCCAAAAGCUAAGAAAAAAAGAGAUGGAAAGUGAUGAAGAGAACAAAAUGGCCUGCUGGCAGUAUCGAUCUCUUUUCAAUGGAGUCACUGUUGUGUCCCUUGUCAAAAGCAUUUCUUCCUUUGGAACUAAGACUUCUAGUACAGGAGAGCCUAAAAUCAGAAGGACAGGAAGCACUUAUGCUAGUGGUUCACGGCGGGGAAACUUCCAGAACCUUGAGAAAGAAAUGUCUGGUGAUGAAGCCACCCAGUCUGUGGUAUUCUGUGAUAGCAACUCGAGCUGA